GGCAGCUCAAGAGUCGCAUCAUCACACACGCCGGAUGAAGCGAGCCACAGCAGAAGCGGACUGGAGAUGAAGGCUGCCGCGGCCCACGGGGGCUCUUCCUCGGGCUUCCGUCACCGGGAAUCAGCGGUCCGCUCUCCGGCUCUGGUCUAACAUGCACUGCGGGAGAGGGGCUCCGCUUGUCGGCCUAGCUGAGCUCGGCUGCUCCUCGCCGCCGCUCCCAUCGCUCCUCUAGCAUCCUCAUCGCACUUUGAUAUUUCCAGGUCAAAAUCUCCCGAGCGGCCGGUUCCGAGUGAAAAUGGCCGGAGAUGGCGGCGCGCUGAAGGAUAUCAAUGAGAUCAAGUCUCAGUUCCGGACCAGGGAGGGAUUCUACAAGCUGCUCACCCUCUCGGACUCACAGCAGCGGGGCGGGCUGCCGCGGGCUCCGGCCGCGGGCUCCACGCUGGGGCCCGGUGCGGGAGCGGCUCCGAUCCCCGGCGGAGGGGUCGGGCUGCUGCAGGGGCCCGGGGCCGCCGCCGCCGCCUCCUCCUCCUCCAACGCCGCAGCCAGCUCCUCUCCGGCGGGCUUCCUUCCCCCGGUGCGGGUCUCCAUGGUCAAGCUGCAGCCGGAGGACCCGGGCGAGGAGUCGGAGCGCGUGUGCUUCAACAUCGGACGGGAGCUCUAUUUCUACACCUACACCAACAUCAAGAAGGCUGUGGAUCUGAGCAAGCCCAUCGACAAGAGGAUCUACAAGGGAACUCAGCCCACAUGUCACGACUUCAACCAGUACUCCGCCUCGGCGGAGAGCGUGGCCCUCAUCGUGGGGUUCUCGGCCGGUCAGGUUCAGUAUCUGGACCCCAUCAAGAAGGAAACCAGCAAGCUCUUCAACGAAGAGAGGUUAAUAGACAAAUCCAAGGUCACCUGUCUAAAAUGGCUUCCCAAGUCGGAGAACCUGUUCCUGGCCUCCCAUGCCAGCGGCCACCUCUACCUCUACAACGUGGACCACCCGUGCGGCACGACGGCUCCGCAGUACUCGCUGCUGCGGCAGGGCGAAGGCUUUGCCGUCUACGCCUGCAAAACCAAGACGCCGCGCAACCCGCUCCUGCGGUGGGCCGUGGGCGAGGGCGGCCUCAACGAGUUUGCCUUCUCCCCGGAUGGCGUGCACGUGGCGUGCGUGGGCCAGGACGGCUGCCUGCGUGUCUUCCACUUUGACUCGAUGGAGCUGCAGGGGGUCAUGAAGAGCUACUUCGGGGGGCUGCUCUGCGUGUCGUGGAGUCCUGACGGGAAGUACUUGGCGACCGGCGGCGAGGAUGACCUGGUGACGGUGUGGUCCUUCUCGGAAAGCCGAGUGGUCGCCAGGGGACAUGGACACAAGUCGUGGGUCAACGUGGUGGCCUUUGACCCCUUUACCACCUCUCUGGAGGACGACGAGCCGAUGGAGCUCAGCGGCAGCGAGGAGGACCUCCACCAGGGGGCGCCCAAUAACUCUAUGCACUUUGGCCGGGUGAGAACAAGCAGCACGCUGUCCCGACUGUCCCGCCACAGCUCCAAAGGCGGCUCGGCAGCGGUGACCUACCGGUUUGGCUCGGUGGGUCAGGACACCCAGUUCUGUCUCUGGGAUCUGACCGACGACGUGUUGUACCCUCGCCUACCGCUGUCCCGCGCCUUCACCAACACCUUUGGACCGUCUCUGUCCAACUCUGGCAGCGGGGUGGUCAACAGCACCACGGUUGUGGGCAGCGGCGGGGGAGUGGAGGGCCACCACCACCCGCCCAACACCACCAUCGGCUCCUCCAACCCUCCCACGCUGCCGCUUCCUCUCCCUCGCUCCCUCUCGCGCUCCAACUCCCUGCCCCACCCCGCCGUCGCCAAUGCCUCCAAGGGUCAGGGCGCGUCGGAGGCGGGAGGGGGCGGCGGGGUGGUGGGAGGAGGCGGGGGAGGAGGAGGCGGCGGGAACAGUACGCCCUUCAGCAUCGGCCGCUUCGCCACGCUGUCGCUGCAGGAGAGAAAGUCGGACAAGUCGAGCAGCAGCGGCGUGGAGAAGGAGCACAAGAGGUACCACAGCUUGGGGAACAUCAGCAAGAGCAAUGACAAGAUCAACGUGGCGCCCAGGAGCAACCGGCUGGACGCCGCCAAGGUCCUGGGUACCACGCUGUGCCCGCGCAUGCAUGAGGUGCCACUGCUGGAGCCGCUGGUGUGCAAGAAGAUCGCCCACGAGAGGCUGACGGUGCUAGUGUUCAUGGACGACUGCAUUAUCACCGCCUGCCAGGAGGGACUCAUCUGCACGUGGGCGCGGCCCGGGAAGGCGAACCUGACCGCCGCACAGAACGGGAGCUCGCCGAGCGGCACGGUCGUAUAGCCGGAGGACACCUCUGCACUCAUCUUCUGGUCGUCUCUUCCGUCCGUCUGGCAGCUUCUCUAGCUACCUGAGGUGGAAGUUUGUGAUCCACCGCUGCAGUAUUAGACCUCCGUCCACCCCCACCUCACUCACAGGGAAACACUUCUGAAGCUCCUCAGCUGUCCAUCUCUGCUCUUUUAAAAAGAUCAAAGUGACGGUUAUUUCUCCAUCGACCUGCGUGUCCAGAGGACCAGGUUCAUCCAGGCUCUAACCAAGCUCCUGUAGAUCCUCCUCACCCAGGAGACCCCAUCUGAGGAGAGCCACACUCAGAUCUGGUGCUGCAUCUGGUCGUGUGGUGCUGGGUCAUGAGGACCUUCUACUGCUUCAGCGUAUGACCUGAAAAAAGUAGGUAUAUAAUUGAAACUCAACUCCAGACUUUAGUUUUCAGGCGCCGCCCCGCUGAGUUCCACCAAGUGUUUCAUCUCCUUCACGAAGCUGCUUCACUUAUUUAUUUUAUCAGCGUCAGCUAAUUUAUUCUGUAAAUACUGAACUAACGGAAACGUGAAGAACAGUUCAGCCUGAAUGUCUGCGGACGCGAGGAACUUGAUGUCACUGUUUUUAUUUGUCCGACCGACGCGGAGAAUCUGACGACUGAUGCAGGAUGUUGUCAGCUGAUGGUCCAGAUCUACAGAACCGAUACGACACACCUACACACACACACACCGCCUCCUGCGAGAGUUUGCACAACAAACCCACAUACAUCCUGAGCUGCAACACGAGAAAGUUCUGGUCACGUCACUGUUGUUCGUCUCACGUUCUGUUCGGUCCAGAUUCCUCUGAUACGUUCGUGUCCCACUUCUGGACGAAGUGGUGACUGAGUGGAGCUGAAACCUUGUAGGAGGGAUUGUUCUGCUCAUUUUACUCUGAAAUGGAACAAUAAAGACGAAAGCAAUCACAGCUUGUGUUAGUGUUGAUCUGGGGAUGAAGGUGAACGCACAGCUGGUAUCACCGCAGCAGUGGCGACACCUGGUGGUCAGAUUGUGCUGCGUCAACGAAGGAUAAACGCAUCGUUCGGUGUGUUACCGCGUCCAAAACGUCACUUCCUGUCCAGUGGAUCAGUCUUCUCUUAUGGUGAGUCCUAGACUCCUGGAG